GGCAAGGUGCAGAUGUGGGUGGACAUCUUCCCCCUCAGCCUUGGGCCCCCUGGGCCCCAGGUCAACAUCAACCCUCGCAAGGCCAAGGGGUAUGAGCUUCGCUGUGUGGUCUGGAAUGUGAGGGACGUGGAUCUGGCAGACAUCAACUUGUUUGGGCAGCGGAUGAGUGACAUCUACAUUUCUGGGUGGCUGGAUGGGCUGCAGGAGCAGAGGCAGCAGACAGACAUCCACUAUCGCUCGCUGGAUGGCAACGGAGCCUUCAACUGGCGCUUUGUCUUCCCCUUCGAGUACCUGGCAGCAGAGAGGCUCUGUGUCAUCAGCCGCAAGGAGCAUAUCUGGAGCAUAGAUGAGACAGUGCUGAAGGUGCCACCCAAACUCAUCCUUCAAGUCUGGGACAAUGACAAGUUCAAAGCAGAUGAUCUUCUGGGUGUCCUGGAGCUGGAGCUGACCAAGCUGCGCCAUCCAGCCCACAUCCCCAGGCUGUGCAGGGCCACCCCCGAGGAGCCCCUCCAGGGCUGCUGGCCCUGGUGCAGGGUCCCAGCCCCAGCCCUCCCCCCUCUCAACCUGUUCCGCAGGAGGCAGGUGCGGGGCUGGUGGCCCUGCACCAUGCAGGAGGAUGGCAGCCAGCGGCUCUCGGGGAAGGUGGAGCUGAGCCUGGAGCUGUUGACUGCACAGGAGGCAGAAGAGAGACCGGCGGGGAAGGGUCGUGAGGAACCCAACAAAUACCCAAGGCUGCUGCCACCUAAGCGCCCGAAGACAUCGUUCCUGUGGCUGCAGUCCCCAAUCCACGCCCUGCGCUACGGCUUUCGCUGGCGCUACUGGGCCUGCAUCUGCCUGGGGCUGGUAGUGCUGAUCCUCUUCCUGCUCCUCAGCCAUCCCUUUUCGGGUUCUCUGACUAUUAAGAUACCGCAAAACCUCUAUCCUUCCCACACGGAGCAUCCCAGCACGGUGUAUCCCCCAGACAAGGGGACAAUGCAACCCUGA